AUGUGCGACCUCAUCGAGCCGCAGCCGGCCGAGAAGAUCGGCAAGAUGAAGAAGUUGCGGAGAACUUUGUCGGAGAGUUUCAGUCGCAUCGCUUUGAAGAAAGACGACACCACCUUUGACGAGAUAUGUGUCACAAAGAUGUCCACACGGAACUGCCAGGGAAUGGACUCAGUGAUCAAACCCCUGGACACAAUUCCUGAGGAUAAAAAAGUCAGGGUUCAGAGGACACAGAGCACUUUUGACCCAUUUGAGAAACCAACUAAUCAAGUAAAGCGGGUGCACUCGGAGAACAAUGCUUGCAUUAACUUUAAGACCUCCUCCACCGGCAAAGAGUCUCCUAAAGUUAGGCGGCACUCCAGCCCCAGCUCGCCUACAAGUCCCAAAUUUGGAAAAGCUGACUCAUACGAAAAACUGGAAAAACUAGGGGAAGGAUCUUAUGCUACAGUAUACAAAGGGAAAAGCAAGGUAAAUGGGAAGUUGGUAGCCCUGAAGGUGAUCAGGCUGCAAGAAGAAGAAGGUACACCUUUUACCGCUAUCAGGGAAGCCUCUCUGUUGAAAGGACUAAAGCAUGCUAACAUAGUGUUGCUUCAUGAUAUCAUCCACACCAAGGAGACGCUGACACUUGUGUUUGAAUAUGUGCACACUGAUUUAUGUCAGUACAUGGACAAGCACCCCGGGGGGCUGCAUCCAGAUAAUGUGAAGUUGUUUUUAUUUCAGUUGCUGCGAGGGCUGUCUUACAUCCACCAGCGUUAUAUUUUGCACAGAGACCUGAAACCACAGAACCUUCUGAUCAGUGACACGGGGGAGUUAAAGCUGGCAGAUUUCGGUCUUGCAAGAGCAAAAUCGGUCCCCAGCCACACGUACUCCAAUGAAGUGGUUACCUUAUGGUACCGACCUCCAGAUGUCCUCCUGGGCUCAACAGAGUAUUCUACCUGCCUUGACAUGUGGGGAGUUGGUUGCAUCUUUGUUGAAAUGAUCCAAGGAGUCGCUGCUUUUCCAGGAAUGAAAGACAUUCAGGAUCAACUUGAACGCAUAUUUCUGGUUCUUGGAACGCCAAAUGAGGACACUUGGCCUGGAGUUCACUCUUUACCACAUUUUAAGCCAGAACGCUUUACUGUGUACAGCUCUAAACACCUUAGACAAGCCUGGAAUAAGCUUAGCUAUGUGAAUUACGCAGAGGACCUGGCCUCCAAACUCCUACAGUGUUCCCCAAAGAACAGACUAUCAGCACAGGCUGCCUUGAGCCACGAGUAUUUUAGUGACCUGCCCCCACGGCUCUGGGAACUGACUGAUAUGUCUUCUAUUUUUACCGUCCCAAAUGUAAGAUUGCAGCCAGAGUCGGGAGAAAGCAUGCGGGCCUUUGGGAAAAACAAUAGUUAUGGCAAAAGUCUAUCCAACAGCAAGCACUGA